AAAAAAAAUCCACCGAAGCCCCGGCCAAGACUUAACAGCCGUUGUGUGGCAGGUAGGCCCUACCAACUCUGAUGAUGGCUGUAUGCCAUCGAAAUGGGUCGUCAAUGGCUAUUACUCGCCAGCCAUAUGUCCAUAUGGAUACACCAAUGCUUGCUUCAUGACACAAAGCAAUGUUGAGACGACUAUUUGCUGUCCGACCAAUCUGGACUUCAGCUGCUACCCAGGGGUUGCGUAUAAUAAAUUCGGUUGCAGUUAUUCGACAUCAACUAUGGCUUUAACCAGCCUUCUAAUUGACUAUGGGCAAACAACGACCGGCACGUACACAGACGUCACGAUUACAACACAACCUAUCUGGGCAUUCAGUGUCCAAGUACAGAAAGCAGCCUCAAUAACUUCCGCUCCAACGUUGACUUCUUCCGAUGUGUCCAUAUUAUCCGACCCUACCGCGACAUCUAACCCAGCUUCUAGCACAACACUGGACGCACCCUCCGUGGUACAGACUGCGUUGACUUCAACGAGUUCUGUACCUCCUACCAACAAGUUAGCCGGCAGUGCCAUUGCAGGUAUCGUAGUGGGGAUUUUAGGGGCACUGGCCCUAGGAGUCGUUGGCACGUUUUUGCUCAUGCGUCGAAAGAAGACGCAGAAUAUCUCACCUCCUCAUCCCAAUGCUAGCCAUUGCCCACCAGGUCAACAACAAUCUAUCAAUGAGCCGGAAAGAGUUAUUUAUGAGUUAAGCGCGAAAGAGAAAAGUAUUCAUGAGCUAGAUGAGCAGAGCCGUCCGUCGGAGAUGCCUUCGUGGGCUAGACGUGAUUCACGGAGGUCUAAUAAGCAAAUGGCGUGGGAGCUACCUGCGUGAGGCUGUACAAUUCAAUUAAAAAGGGUCAUAUGGAUGAUAUCAUGUACAAUGUAGGAAACCUGAUUUUAUGGAAAGGAAGGAUAUGGAUGGAUGUACAAGAGCCCAAGUUAUUGUCUAAUUACUCUGAUCAAGCUUGAUGAUAUCCCACGUGUAGUGGAAGCAGAUGGUAUUGGCCUUAUCCAUACGAACGACUCAGGAAUUCCUAUCCUGACUAAGCUGUCAAUUGAACGCUGCCCUAA